UAAUAUGACGUGUAAUUGUCAUUACGCUGUAUUCGUCGGCACCUCAUAAUUUUUUGAUAAUUUCAAAGAAGAAGCUCAAAAUGAGCUCUUUUAAGCGUGAAAAGAAGGAGGAAGAAGAUGGCGGCGGGAGCCCCUACCAGAAUUUGGACAAAACGAUCGUAUUGCAAGAAGCGCGAUACUUUAACGAAACGCCUGUGAAUCCACGAAAAUGUUCUCAUAUUUUAUCAAAAAUAUUAUUUCUGCUCAAUCAAGGAGAGAAAUUGUCUACACAGGAGGCGACGGAUGUGUUUUUUGCCACAACGAAGCUGUUUCAAUCUAAGGAUGUAAUGUUACGUCGUAUGGUGUAUCUGUGCAUCAAGGAAUUGAGCAAACUGGCACAAGAUGUGAUCAUAGUAACAUCUUCCUUGACUAAAGACAUGACAGGCAAGGAGGAUUUGUAUCGGGCGGCAGCGAUACGAGCUUUGUGCAGUAUAACCGACAGUACGAUGCUGCAAGCCAUCGAGAGGUACAUGAAGCAAGCGAUUGUUGAUAAAAACCCAGCGGUGCGAUCUGCCGCAUUGGUGUCGGCGCUACACUUGUCUACUAGUGUUCCCGAUUUGGUGCGACGUUGGGCGAACGAAGCUCAGGAAGCAGUGAACUCUGACAAUGCAAUGGUUUCAUAUCAUGCAUUGGGUAUUUUGGCAAGCACUCGAAGGAACGAUAAACUUUCUACUGUCAAGCUUAUAACACCUCUGACUAAAUAUACAUUGAAAUCCCAAUAUGCACUCUGCCUUUUGAUUCGUAUGGUAGCACAGCUAAUUGAUGAUGAUGAUAGCGAAGCCUCAACACCAUACAUAAGGUUCAUUCAAUCUUGUUUGGGUCACAAAUCUGAAAUGAUUCUCUAUGAGGCUGCACAUGCAAUUUUAAAUUUGAAGAAGACUCCCCGAGAUUUAGCUUCUUCAGCUGUCUCCGUGUUACAGUUGUUCUGUGGGUCCUCUAAAGCCACUCUGAGGUUAGCUGGAGCACGAACUUUGGCUAGACUCACAUCUAAACAUCCAACUGCAGUUGCAGCUUGUGCUGUUGAUUUAGAAAACCUAAUUUCAGAUCCUAACAGGUCAGUUGCUACUUUGGCUGUAACAACACUUCUAGCAACAGGCGCAGAGAGCUCGGUCGAUCGUCUCAUGAAGCAAAUAUCCAGUUUCGUCUCUGAGAUUUCUGACGAAUUCAAAAUUGUUGUUGUCAAAGCCAUACGGCGUUUGUGCCAGAAAUUCCCUAGGAAGCAUCAGUCGUUAGCAGCGUUUUUGGCUGGUAUGCUUCGGGAUGAAGGCGGUCUGGAAUACAAAGCGGCGAUUGCUGACGCAAUAAUAGCACUCGUCGAAGAGAAUCCAGACGCCAAGGAAACUGGACUCGCACAUCUGUGUGAAUUUAUUGAGGACUGUGAACACACUGCCUUGGCCGUUCGCAUCUUACAUUUGCUCGGACGUGAAGGACCAAAGUCUCGGCAGCCUUCUCGGUACAUCCGCUUCAUUUACAACAGAGUUAUUUUAGAGUCAGGCCCAGUGCGUGCCGCAGCGGUGUCAGCGGUAGCACAGUUCGGGGCUCAAAGACCGGAGCUGUUACCGAACAUAAGAGUCCUCCUCGCUCGCUGCGAAAUGGAUGACGAGGACGAGGUCCGCGAUCGAGCAAUUUACUACAAUGCUAUUUUGGACACGGCAGACCAAGAACUGAUCAACGAUUAUAUUAUUGAUGUUCCGAAACCGAAUCCAGUUCUAUUGGAGAAAGCAUUGCGGGAUCAUAUGGCUAAUCAGUCGCAAGAAGCGUUCGACAUUCUGACGGUUCCGACCGAAGAAUUGAAAGAGGCGAAAGAGGAUGUUGUUGAAAUCGAAGUGCGCAAUAAGCCUAAGCUGUUGUCCAUGGAAGAAAUCUACAGUGAACAGUUGGCUAGGGUGCCUGGCAUCGAUAAGCUCGGGCCGCUCUUCAAGACGAAUCCUCCGGUGGAACUAACGGAGCCGGAAACGGAGUAUCGCGUUCGUUUGCUGAAGCACGUUUUCGUUCGCCACGCUAUACUGCAAUUUGAGUGCAUCAACACACUGAGCGACCAAGUGCUGGAACAGGUUCACGUGAGACUGGAAUGCCCGCCAGAAUACGUGGUGAGGUUUAUCCUGCCGUGCCCGCAACUCGCAUACGACAAACCUGCGAGCGUAUUCGUGGUAAUCGACUACCCGAGUGCGUAUUUAGACAGUCUGGGCACUUUUGGGGCUACUUUGGAGUUCGUUGUGCGCGACUGCGAUCCGAAUACUGGAAUUCCGGAUCCUGGAGAAGGUUACGCGGAUACGUAUCCUUUGGAAGAGUUUUACAUGGGCUGUGCUGACCAGAUUCGCGCGCGGGCAAUGGGAGACGAUUGGGAACAAACUUGGGAGAGAGCGGCGAACAUUUUAGAGAUUUCGGACACUUACGCGCUGCCCGAAACAGAUCCAGGCGCGGCUGCGAAAUCUGUUUGCGAAUAUUUGGGUUUGCCGAAAGCUACGAUCGUUGGUGAUGCUGUGAAGGAAAUAAGAGGUGGGGGAGUGUUUCGAGGAGGUGCUCCGUUCCUGGUCAAAGCUCGGAUCGCUUCCAGCAACGUCGGUGUCACCAUGUUAAUAGCCGCUAGGUCGCCACGAGAAGACGUCGCACAGUUGUUAUUGGCUGCGGUUGGAUAGCUGUGGUUCAUUUAUAGCAUCUAUUAUUUAUGUCGAUAACACUUUACACUACUAUAAUAUAUUAUCUUAUUGUUAUAUGCUACAGUUAAGUUAAUGAGCUCAUACGAGCCCACGAACUAUGCGAUAUCUCUAACAACUCUUUAUGAGUGUUAAUUUUAAUUUUUAUCAACAAUUUAUAGGCAGGUUCGCUGAUUUCUGUGCAAAGGAUAUGUUGUAAAUUAUUAUAAACGCCAAUCUAAAGCAGUUCAAAUGUUUGAAAUUAUUGUAAUUUACAUUAUUCAAAAAUCAUUCCUUUAUAACAGUACUGUGAAAUUGAAAUUUGUAAUUGUAGAAAAUAAAGUAUUUUAUCUAUCUG